CCGGAAGCGGAAUGCGGAGCGCUUACUCGGUGGGGCAUCACUAAUCAUCAUCACUCAGGAGAGUCAACCGCCUCUACAACCACAGUUCACUCUCAACUAUACCACAGGAUACCAAUCUACGGAAUCUCUUUCCAUUUCUAUACGUCAUUGAUUCAGCCUACACUAUAUACUCCAAUGGGCCUUCGAAGUCGACCGUUACCAAGUACAACUACACAUUCACUCGCAUUACGCUGAUAACCAGGGGAAAACUGCCGUAUCUUUAUCAAUGGUCGAUUAUUGUCUCAAUCAUGUCUCUAUCUACCGAUAUCUCGUCGCCGUUCAAGGUUCCCGCAGAGGUAAUGGCUGUGCUUGAGCACGACGAGGCGUUCCAGAGUCUCCGCCAACACUGUUCGGAGUCAUCGAGUCUCUGCCCCUUCCACAAUGAAGAAUGCAGCGAACAGCAACGCGCCGUCUUCCAAUUGCACCGUGACGUCAUCUACACCCUUCUCCUCCCUUUGUUCGAAAUCCACAACCAAGCAACCCAAAUCGCGACUCGUGUACUGGGCAGACGACAAGGCACAGAACCCGAACGAGCCUUUCGCGGCCAGGCCCGUGGCGCUUUUACCUGGUUACACUGCAUUCUGACCGAGGAACGGGACUUUUGUCUGGCGGAGGGAUGUCCCGCUUGUAUCGUCUUGCAUGUCCUUUCUUCGGAACCCACGAUUCGUCUGGUUACAGUGGCUUGUCUGCUGUGCGACUUUCUCUCGUCCACCGAUUUCGCAGUGCAGAAACUUCAUCAUGGUCACCCGGAUUUUGGUUUUUGGCUGGAAGCAAUGGAGAACGCUGUCCGGGAAGAUCCUCUCUGGGGCGAGGCAUUUUGGCCGGAAAUCCGUCACAGAGCGGAAAGUCUGGCUGUCGACAUUAAGUAUUUGAUCAUGCAGUGUGUUGAACUUCGCACCGGCACCGAAUUACAGCGAACAUCGUCUACGGCCAGUAGUAACAGCAGCGCCAAGUCUUCCUGUUCAGUGACCAUGCGAUCAGAUCGCCAUGCAUACCGGGUUCAUGUGCGCAGUAUCCCGGUCCAACCAUCAGCACUCGCCAGACGACAACUAAACAUGAUGUGGGAAGAACAAGAACUCGUCUCAAAAUUCCUUCUCCAGGGAUAUCUCAAUUCAUUAUGCUGGAGUGAUCGUCACCGGAAGAUGCUCGAAUUCUCAAAGACGGGAUCAUUAUAUCUUUCCCCCGGAACCAUUUAACACUUUUUACACUCUUUUCUCUUUCCUUUCGUGCACAUAUUCGACUCAUUCUUUUCUUGUUGAUUCAUUUGUUAUAUCAUUUUUAUACCCUUAUGUUAUAGAAUCCAAUACAUCGGAUCUGGAUUCGGGCUAGCGUUGGAGUCGGGGUUUAUCCAUAUACAUGGGUCUGUUGAGCAGGCAUAUUUUCUCUAACUAUUACUCGAUAUUCUUAAUUUCCUAAUUUCAUUCGAGAAUA